CUGCGCCUGUCUCUCCCCGCGCCUCCUGCUAGCUCAGUCCCACCGGCGGGCCGGGCACAAGGAGCUCGUUUGCACUUCAGGCAGCCGGCCGCUAGGAAGCCGCCGGGCUCGCCUUUCCCUCCCGGGCUGGAGCGUGAGCGGAGCCCCUGCCCCUUCCGAGACGCCCCCCGGGCCUGCGAGCUGCGCUGGCGGCGGCGUGCGGGGAGCUCGGAGCCCAACUCCCGGGGAGCUCGCGAGCGCGCGCGCGCGCGCCUGUCCCUCUCUCUCUCCCGCCUCCCGCCUCCACAGCUCCCGGGGCAGCGCCCGCCCCCUCAGCCCCUCUCCAGCUGCGGGCGGCGCGGAGCCCGCCGCUGCCCCAGCGCCCUCGCCAGCAGCCCGGGGAGCAGCCGGGUGUCAUCAGCAGGGUUUGAACUGAGAAAUUUCAGCACCAAACCAGAGAUCUCGGCCACUUGAUCCAAAGGAGUAACUCCAUCAGCUGGGAGCAGAAGCAGGUUACAUUAUGCUCCAGUGUCUCAGGAGGCUGUCGUGUUGCUGAAGACCCGUCCUGCACAGGACUCCAGUGGAGCACUGCUUGGAACCAGGCCCCUCCAUGUUGGCACAGCAAUCCCUGCUCUUCUACUGAGGCGUCCUGGAUGUCUCCCCUUUGUGUGCUGGAUUACUGGGCAGUAGUGCUAAAGGAUGGCUAUGUAGCUUCUUGACCACAAAGCCGACAGGGGGCACCCUCCCCUCCCACCUAUUCUUCACCUAGGAUUUACAGUCUCUCUCUCUCUCUCUCUCUCUUUUUUUUUUUUUUAAUUUCUAAAGCAGGUUUUAAAAGAUUAAACAUUUUUCAAAAACAGCUCUCAAAAAUGACAAGCCUGUUCCGGCGGAGCAGCAGCAAUGGCAGCUCAAGGAACAGCUCUUCCGCCCAGGAACUCAACAACAGCCGGCCUGCCAGGCAGGUGCGACGGCUGGAGUUCAACCAGGCCAUGGAGGAUUUCAAGACUAUGUUCCCUAAUAUGGAUUAUGACAUUAUUGAAUGUGUUUUGAGGGCUAACAAUGGAGCUGUGGACGCCACCAUUGACCAGCUCUUACAGAUGAAUUUAGACGGCAGUGGUUAUGAUGACAGCUCGGACUCAGAUGACAGUAUUCCCCCAGAGAUUUUGGAGCGGACGCUGGAACCGGACAGUUCGGAUGAAGAGCCUCCUCCCGUCUACUCGCCCCCUGCCUAUGAUAUGCAUGUCUUUGACCGGCAGUAUCCAGAAGCUCCACCAAGCCCCCCUCCCAGGAUUGAUGUACCCAAUUCCAGUGGCCCUCAGGUGCACAGACGGUACAGGAACUGGAAUCCACCAUUAUUAGGCAACCUUCCUGAUGAUUUCCUUCGCAUCCUACCCCAGCAGAUGGACAGUGUGCAGAGUUCACAAAGUUGCCAUCAGACUGUGGUGGGCGAGGGCAGCCAGAGAUCCCAGGACUCGUUGGACCAAGAGAGGAAGUGGAAACAGUACCUGGAAGAUGAGCGAAUUGCGCUCUUCUUACAGAAUGAAGAGUUCAUGAAGGAACUCCAGAGGAACCGGGAUUUUCUCCUGGCCCUUGAGAGAGAUCGACUGAAGUAUGAGUCAAAAAAAUCCAAGUCGACCAGUGUUGCUGUCAGUAAUGAAUUCAGCUUUUCUUCUGUACAACCAGGUGACAUAGCCUCUGUAACCAGCGAGGCCAGCAGUGCUGUGUCUGAAGAUGCCUUAUUCAGGGACAAAUUGAAACACAUGGGAAAAUCUACACGCAAGAAGCUGUUUGAACUUGCCAGGGCUUUCUCAGAGAAGACCAAGAUGAAGAAGUCAAAAAGAAAACACUUACUGAAGCACCAGGUCAUGGGGACAGCGGCUUCCACAGCUAAUCUUCUUGAUGACGUUGAAGGACACUCGUGUGAUGAGGAUUUCCAAGCAAGAAGGCAGCAGCUACACGAGGAAGAAGAGAGGCCGAAAGAAGGACAAUAAAUGAUCCCAGAUCCAUUGCCUGAACUGGGCUUUAUUUGUUAAAGUCUUAAUAAGAAGAUGGCUGCAAAGAAAAAACAAUUUCCUUGGCUUCCCCCACUAUCAUCCUUUUCUGAAGUACAAGUAUUAAAGUGAGGCACAAUUUUUUCUUCCCAGCGGGUUUGAAAACACCUCUUUCCUAUCCAGCAAAUCCAGCCAAAAAUCAGCAGCUGAUCUGAAUUUUUCUCAGUCACUGCAGUGAAGAUAAUGGAUUGUGGGAAUAAUGGCCAAUCCUUCACCCUCUUUGAUAUAAACAUGGUUUGGAUAUGAAUUAAAAACAAUAACAAUAAUACAUUGAAAAGCUGGGCUCUGGCUUGCGCAUUUUUAAACAUAUCACUGUAGCAAUCUGAUGUAACUUUACGCACAUAAAAAAAGACCUGAAAAA